AUGCAGGAGGUCUCUAGUUCCCUUUGCAAUCAGGUGCCGCAAGCAGGUGUGCAGGAGGUCGCUAGUUCCGUUUGCAAUCAGGUGCCGCAAGCAGGUGUGCAGGAGGUCUCUAGUUCCCUUUGCAAUCAGGUGCCGCGAGCAGGUGUGCAGGAGGUCGCUAGUUCCGUGUGCAAUCAGGUGCCGCAAGCAGGUGUGCAGGAGGUCUCUAGUUCCAGUUGCAAUCAGGUGCCGCAAGCAGGUGUGCAGGAGACAUGUGGUGUUGACCAUGGUGAAGGCCUAGGUGUGGGAUCGCAGUUUGUGAGCGUUGAGCUGCAGUCAGAAGGGGUUCCACAGCUGUCUAGUCUGAGCAGUUUGCAGAUGGGAUACAGUAGAAAUCUUUUGGAUAGCAAAGGAGUGGAACUUGAUGUUGGUCGACCAAGGAAGACUACGGUGUGCGAAGAGUUUCCAAGCUGCUGUCCUAGAUCAGUUGCAUGGAAGUGUGUGUCAUUGGAAAUUUGGAGACUUAAGAAGGUGCUUGAUGAGGGCGGUGAGCUUAGAGCUGGGACUGAAGUUUUUGACGAUGACCUGGAAGAGGGGGUCAGUUGGCCGAUUAUUGCAAAUGUGUCGGAUUCUCUUGAUUACAUUGCGCGACAGCACCGUGAGGUUCAAAAUAUCCUUCAGACAGCAGAGGAAGUAGACAACCAGGUGGAUGUUGGUUGUGAUGGAGUUUACUGGGAGAUGUUAAAAGCAUUAGAGCAUGAAGGAAGGGAACUCCAUGAGGUGGAGAAUCACUUAUUGGACUCUGCAAACUCCGUUGUGCUGAGAAGCUUGACGGUUGUCGAGGAUCUUGAGACUCACAGGUCAGAAGAUGAUGGACAGCUUGAGCAGCGCAGUUCCCCGGAGGAUGGUGUUGAGGAUCCUCCACCCCUUCAGUCUAAGAUUGUAGGACAAGACCAGGUGAGGCGGGAGCCAGGUAAGUGGAAACCUGCCCUCCUUGAAGAGUACAUCUCACUUGUCCAGAAGACUCAGGCGGUGGAAGAGAUAUCGGAUGAUCAAUACUGGGAUCUGAUGAAACGGGAGGACACUGCUAUUGAGCUUAUUCCUGCCAAGGGUGUCUAUGUGCACAAGUCGAGCGGCCGUCGCAAGGCACGAGUUGUUGGGUGUGGUAAUUAUUGCUCUGGAGGGACAGAGGUGCGGCGUGCAGAUUUGUAUGCCUCUGGUGCUGGGUCUGAAGCUCUGAGGAUGGUUAUAAGACGGGUGGCUAUGGAAAGCAACUGGUGCAUUGGGACUGUUGACGUUCGCACUGCCUUCCUUCAGGCUCCGUUGCUUGAGAGUCGCCGAGAUGGGAAACCACCCAUUACCAUAGUCAAAGUACCAUCCAUCUUACGAGAUACAGGAAUAACCCAGUAUCGGUACUGGCUCGUAAAAAAGGCUCUAUACGGGCUGGCAUCAGCUCCUAAAUCGUGGAGUGAUCAUAGAGAUCGAGUUUUGAUGGAUAUGAAGAUCCCGUGUGAGGGUGGUCUGUUGAGGUUGGUCAAGAUGCCAGAAGACGUGAAUUUGUGGCAAGUGGUAAUGCAUCCUGGAAAGGACAACUUCGCGAGUGCAGGUGAUCAGAGCUCAUCUAUUCCUGGAAAGAAAGUGGGUGUAAUGGCCUUGUACGUUGAUGACAUUUUGGUUGGAGCGCCCAGGGUGAUUGCUGAUGCUUUGAUAGCGGGUCUUCAAAAGGUCUGGGAGCUAUCUCCUCCGGAGUGGCUGUGUGAGCCAGGCGACUACCUUAAGUACGCAGGGUUUGAGCUGGAAAAGACGUCCCAGGGGAUCCGCUUGCAUCAGGAAAGCUACGUCAAGGACCUGCUGGAGCAGCAAGCAGAGGAUGUCCCAGGUGAGGAGAAAACUCCAGCAGUUAAGGUGUACUCUUGGGAGGAGCCUGAGACUGAUACGGAGCGACAGUUGCUCACGAAGAGGGCUCAGGCUCUGAUUGGGCAGUUGUUGUGGCUGUCAGGGAGAACUAGACCGGAUCUUGCAUACGGGGUGAGCAUGGCUGCUCAGAAGAUUGCUUCGAGUCCAGCUGAAGCAGUUGCCAGAGCAGAGCAUUUGGUGAGGUAUCUCAGGUCUUCAUCGGGUGUGAGUUUGCACUAUAAGACAGCUGUCGGAGGAUGUGGUCGGUGGAAUCAGCUUCGUCAUCAGCAAACUCCACUAACUCUAGAAGUGUACACAGAUGCAUCAUUUGCAGCUGAUGAGCAGUGCAGGAGCUUUGGUUCUGUGCAGCUGUUUUGGGGAGGAUCUCUGGUUAUGUGGUCUGCUGCAAGGCAGACGCUGAUUGCUGCACACACUGCAGAGAGUGAGCUGUAUUCCUUGGCAGAAGGUCACCUUAUGGGCAAAGCAUUACGUCCAACAGUGGCUGCGCUUAUGGAUGUUGAGGAGCAGGAUAUAACUGGGAGGUUGUACUGUGAUAACUCAGCAGCAGUUCAGCUGUGCACUUUGGAGGCUGGAUCCUGGAGGACCCGUCAUCUUAGACUCCGGGGUGCCAUUAUCAGACAAGACCUGGUUGAUGAGAUAUGGUCCCUGGCUCAUUUAGAUGGAGUCUACAUGCCUGCUGAUCUGGGAACAAAGCCGGUCGGUCCAGCAAGGCUUGAGGAUCUGAUUAAGCUGUGUGACCUUAUGAACCCAUACAUUUGUGAGUCAGACGAGGCACCGAGAGCAAGUGUUGCAGCUAUGAAUGUGAAGCCAUCAGGCUUGGCGCAUAUGCUAUUGGCGUUGUUGUUGCUGGCACAGGUCUCAGGUCCUAGAACCCCGCCGCCUGAGACAUUGACACAGUCACAGUUGGUUCAGACAGCGACGGAUGAUGCAGAGGAUAUGCGGGGUACCACCGGAGAGGCGGAGAUGGAGGUGGAUGAUGUGGAGUGCAGCAAGUCGGCCAUCAACCAAUGGUCCGUCGUCAAGCCGUUUGGCGGCUGUCAACCGCCGAAGCAACGAUCGCUGCAUGCGAGCAUCGUCGUGGGCGAUUGCCUCUACAUCUUUGGAGGGUACGAUGGCAGCAGCAGGGUGAACGACUUCUACAAGUUCAGCUUCAAGGCUUCGAAGUGGUCGCAGAUUCACCCGGCAGGGAGUAGCCCGACGGCGCGUGACCGGCACGUGGUCGUGUCCUAUGCCGACAAAAUCUACAUCUUCGCUGGCUACGACGGCAACAACCGUGUAAACGACUUCUGGCAGUACGAUACCGAGCACGAGGUGUGGAGCACGGUGGACCCGGCCCUGGGGAACCCACCAACUCCGCGCCACAGCCACUCCGGCGUCGAAUACGACGGCUCCAUGUACAUUUUCGCGGGCUAUGAUGGGAACUACAGGAGCGAUUUUCACCGCUACAACUUCCCGCAGCGGAAGUGGUCCAUAGUGCCUGUCAAGGGAUCCGUGCCCAAGGCACGCUACAGGACGUCGGCCGUGGCGUACAAGAAUCGUAUGCUCGUGGUCGGUGGGCAUGACGGUGCCAAGCACUUGAACGAUUUCUAUCAGCUGCUUGGCGACACUCUUCAGGUUCAACUUCGAUACGCUCGAGCGGUCGUCCUCAGGGGCCCAAGGCCCCUUCCUUGUGCACUUCGCUUCAAUCCUCGGCCAAAGAGACACCUCUCCCUCGUCCUUACAAGGAUUCACUUAGAGGAACAGAGGAACUCCUUGAUGCCUCAAGCAUGGCCCUCCGCCGAAGUUGAUUUCGACAGCCUGGAGACAGCCGGCGUGGCCGAGGGCCUUCUUGCCUGCCAGCGCUUUCACGGCGAUGUGGCGGCCGUGCACGGCUCCAGCGGAGGCGCCUUGGUUGCGGCGCUGUUUCUCUGCGGCCGCGAAGCCUUGACCAAGACGAAGGCAUAUCUGAACUCUGGGAAGCUCUUUCGGAACAUUGGCUUGGCGGAUGUCUGGGAUCCCGCCCGGCUGAUUCCUCGCGCAGUGGAAGAGUCCGGCGCGCUGCCAGAAGAUGCCCAUGCUAGACUGUCCGGCAAGCUGCACGUGCAGUGCACGCGCGGCGGCAUGAUGACCUCCGCCGAGCCAGUGACCUACUCCACUUUCGCAUCGAACUCCGAGCUCCUUUCCAUCCUACAGGCUUCCUCCAGCUUCGCCUUCGGAGGCGUCGAUAUUGAUGGAGAGCCUCAUUGGGAUGGCGGCAUCACGGAAGUCCUUCCAGUGUCUGCAGACUUCCCGACGAUAACAGUCGCGCCGGUGAGUGCAAAGGCCGUUGACAUUUGCCCUGAUGCAGGCUUCUGGGUGCUGCCCUGCGCCCUCGGAGCCCGGGGCUGGCGCCUCGGUGCCCAGUCCGCCUGCGCGGCCUGGGAUUGCACCUUCAUGUUCUCGUCGGCGCGGAUGAUGAAGUACUGGGCUGCUGGCGAAGCGGAUGCCCAGGCCUUUCUCCAGAGAAGUGGCUAUGCUGAGCCGCUGGAGCUGCCAGUGCGGCCAUGGCCACCUGUUUUUGCAUGUGCCAGUGAUGGCAAUGGUUCAUCCGAUACGAGCUUCGAUACGAUAGGCUACACGUUUCCGCCGGUGUUGUUCUCUGUGGCGUGGGCCAUGACACGUUUGUCCAAGCGUUCGCAAGACUGGUGCAAAGGGUGGAGCAUGGUGGAAACCACAGGGCAGGUCCCUCCGCCGUCGCCGCGCGACUCCCAUUCGGCAGUCAUCUGCGGCGACUCCAUGUACCUCUUCGGAGGUAGCACUGGCAGUGCACGAAACGAUCUGUACGCCUUCAGUUUCGAGACAGACCAGUGGACAGAGGUGCGGACAACGCCUGGUGCCACCCAGAAGAGCAACGUUCCCUGCCCCAGAUUCUGCCACACCUGUGACGUGUACAACAAUUCGCUUUACGUCUUCGGUGGCUACGACGGCCAACAGCGGCUCAACGAUUUUUGGCAGUUCAAGCUUGCCACAGAAGUCAAUAUUGACAUUCCCAGCAGCUCCCUAGUUUCUGACCUGCGCGAAUUCCUCAACGAUGCGAAGCUGUCUGAUGUCACUUUCAUCGUGGAGGGAAAGCCAGUGUAUGCACACAAGCUGCUCUGCAUGCGAUGUUCGUACUUCCGGGCCAUGUUCGAGGGGCAGAUGCGUGAGGCACAGCAGAAGACCAUCACCAUCAACAAUGUCUCGCAUCGGGUGUUCCUUGCCUUGCUGGAGUAUUUGUACACAGAUGAAUUCGAAAUCUCCAUGGACAUCGCGAUGGACCUCUUCGUGGCGGCGGACCAGUUUGGUAUCGAUCGGCUGAAGAGGUUGUGCGAGAAGAAAAUUCUCGUUUCAAUCAACAUCGAUAGCGCGGCUACGAUCCUCCAG